AUGAAAAUUGAUUUCAUACCUGAUUUGCAGGUUCCAUUUGACGAUGAGGAGAAAUUGCGUGACUGGAUGUAUGAGGUGUACAAGGAAAAGGACGAGAUGUUAGGUACUAAAAAACUCGGCUUGAACUUCUCUUUUGCAGCUAGGUACUACGAAACCGGCGAGUUUCAUGAAGGAGAACGUGGAACUCGUGUUGUAUUCUCAUGGGCAAAAAUCAUUGGACAGUACGUGUUCUGGUUUGGGUCCUUCUAUGCUCAAUAUCAGGUCAGUCUGCUAUAA